AUGGCCCUCAUAACCCGCGAGGCUGUUUCCCGCUUCAGGACGAUCGCAGAUGUCGACGAAAGGAUCAAUCACGUCUUGACCGACGGUCCCCACGAGAUCAUCUCGACGCUCUCCCCCGCCGAGUCGCGGUUCUGCAAUGCAGCAGAAUCAGAUAUCCUUCGCCGACUCCUGGUAUUGAAGGAACUUUACCGCCUCAGCGACGCGGUCGACCGCUACUACAUCGACCAGAGUGAGCGCAACCGUGCCACACGCGCGGAUCCAUCCUCGUUGGUGCACCUGGAGGCCUAUGAAAAAGCGUUCAAGGAGAUAAAUGAACUAGCUGGCCGUCCAUUUGGCCGCAACCAGGUCCGCAAAUUCCUGGACCUCGGUUUCGCUCCGGGUGGCUUCGCUACAUGGCUGUUGCGCAGCAAUGGAAGCGCGCUUGGAACGGGGAUCACUCUGUCCCCGGAAGCCUCAGGCAUCCAGGCACGGGUUGAUCUCCAGUUCCUUGAGCGGUUCCAGCAGCACGACCAGGACGUGCGCCAGAUCGCAGACGGCCAGGUCAUCAUCGGAGACGCCCCCGCCGCCUUCGACCUCAUCAUCGCCAACGCCACCGUCGUGCUGCCCGAAGACAAUGUGCCUUGGAACGAACAGAUCCACUUGACGUUUGCGCAGCUGCUGGUUGCCUUGCGGAACAUCGCCGCAGGGGGCUCCCUCGUUAUCAGUCUGCGAACGAGGCCAUUCGAGUGGAUCAAUGAUAUCAUUAUAGUCCUCACCCAGUGCUUCAAAUCAGUUGUCGCAGUGAAGCCCGCGUUCCAGGGAAGGAGGUCCAUUGCCUACAUCGUGUGCCGUGACUACACCGCCACUGGCGAUGUUGAUGGGUACAUCGAACGCCUUCGCGCAGGCAUUCGUUACUUGAAACAUAUUACAGGGUCUGUUGACAACCCGUCCGGCGGGACCGCGAGGCUCCCUCGACUGUCUGGCCUGUCGGAUCAGGCAAUCUGGGAGCUGCAUGGUCAAUCCGUGGCGGCCUGUCUCACGCCUGUCUGGAAGCGACAGUAUGAUGCCGUCUACGAGCAUUACAAGAACAUCCUAGAGAAGGAGUAUGGAGGUGGACCUACCACACCCGCGAGCAACACAGAUACAGAUGUGUCCUGGAGGCGUCAGCAAGCACCUGCCGUGCAGCCCAGUGGCGCCGAUUCCUCCAAUUGGCGGAACCGCACCGCUGAGCAGCACGGCAGUUCCCAGAGACGCCGUGACAGCAGGACUGCUGGAUCCAGUGGCGAAGGCGCGAGUGGCAGCAGCUGGAGAAGGGCUCAGCACUGA